GAGGAGAAAUGGAGGAAUGGGAAGUGUAUGAGGAUCGCAUAGAUCAACGUGCCCCACAUCCAGACGGUUUGAACGACGUUAAGGUUACACACUGGGAAACGCUGAGCGCGGAGGGGCUGGAGAAGCACAUGGGUUGCCAUCACCAUGUCGCAGCCCAUGGUCUUGCUCUCCGGUGCGGUGGUGCUGGUGUUGUGUGGGUCUGCGUGUGGUGUAGCUGAGACAGGCCUACAAGAACUCACGGCUCUAGAUGUCGUACUGCGAGACCUUCAGAGUGUCCUGGAGACCCACCCCCAACACGGUCCGUUGGUCACGCUGAUGAAGCCGCUGGCGGGUGUUUGGAACGCAAGUGAAAAUGAAAGAGCAAACUCGGCGGAUGGGAUGGGACGCCGUAGCCCUCUAAGUUCACACGUUGCUGUGGAGUCUGAUGAAAUGAACGGAGAAACACUAGCAGUUCGUUCCUCGAGACGUAAGAAGCGUGUCAGCCCCACGCCCCCUCCAUCUCGCUGCCCCAGUGUGCAGCUGCCGGAAUAUUUGAGCAAAUGGGAACAGCUGAAGUAUCUCGUGUCUACACAAAUGCUGGACUGCCACCAUAACGGUGGUUGUUGUCACAGGAGGCCAAAUCCGUGCCCCUACAAAGCCGAAGUUCUGGCGGCACGCCUCGCCAUAUUGGAGGAGCAGUUACGGGAAAUAGACCGUUUGGAGGCGCGGCUCAAGAUUCACUUCACACUGCUCAACAGUAUUCAGGCCAGCGCCAAGUAUCCUGGCUUGUCUGGAGAGCGUGGACCCCCAGGACGCAAGGGACACCAGGGCUUCAAGGGGCUGCCCGGUCACCUCGGCGGCUCCGGCACGUGCAGGAUCACUGGCCAAGCUAACCCCUCCGCUGGACCUCCCGGUCCUCAGGGGAAUAAGGGCAAUCCAGGAGCCCCUGGGGACAAGGUGUGUGUCUGUGAUGGAGAUGAGGGAGACCCCGGCAGUCAAGGGGUCAGCCGGAGAGGACCUCCGGGACCAAGGGGUCCCAAGGGACAAAAAGGCGAUAGCGGACGUGACUUGCCACUUUUCCAUGGGUGAGUGGUGCCUUGAAAGGAUGAGUGGAAGACUGUCGUCGCUGGCCUCACAUCAACCCCUGUAGUGACAGAAAUAUUCCCGUUUUUCUUAACAAGUUUUUAGGUUAGUUCUAUAUAGUUUGAGACUGACUUUCUUUUUUUGGUGACCAUAAAUUUUCUCUCAGU